AUGAAAGAAAAGGGCACAAAAACGCUUCAAAUGCUCCAAAGAGAACUUGAUGUUCAAAUACAUGAAACCCAAGAAUCCUCAACGUUCAUAAAGUUUCAGGUGGGCCAUGAAAGGGGAAACAUCGUGGACGAGGGUAAUAAAGACAAUUCACCUGUAUUACGUGUCGAUUUAAUCCUACCCGAUGAUUUACUAGAACGAAUCCUAGCUUACCUCCCGAUUGCAAGCAUCUUCAGGGUCGGUUGCGUUUGUAAAAGAUGGCAUGAAAUCGUGAGUUCGCGACGCUUUUUAUGGAACGUGUCACCAAUUUCGUCACAAAAGCCAUGGUACUUCAUGUUCACAAGCUCAGAUGACCCGUUUGGAUACGCAUAUGAUCCUGUCCUUCGAAAAUGGUAUGAAAUCGAGCUUCCAUACAUGGUGAAAACUUCAAGAUGGUUCAUAGCUUCAUCAUCUGGGUUAGUUUGUUUCAUGGAUAACGACACAAGAAGUGAACUUUACGUCUGUAAUUUGAUCACAAAAUGCUGUUUCCGCCUCCACGAGCCGCCAAAUUUACGGUUUUGUGACUAUUCUGCCCUUGCAAUCUCCGUUGACCGCGUUUCAACAAACUAUGAAGUAACAGUCGUGAAAUCAAGACAAGUUCCUGAUAAUUACUUCCAGUGGGACCUCUCGAUCCAUGUGUACGACUCCGUGGCGAUGACGUGGACGACACCUGUCAGCGAGAUGCUGACGGGGUGGCGAGGUGGCGACGAGAGCGUGAUAUGUAAUGGGGUUUUGUAUUUUAUAAUAUACUCAACGGGGUCGUUUCAAGAGCAUCGACACGGGCUUGUUUGUUACGAUCUUUCGGGUCGGGUUUCGGGUCGGAGUUUGUUGACACGGGGUUUUGUUUCCGUUCCGUGUUCGCUUACGUGUGGGAGGUUGAUGAAUUUGAAAGGGGAGUUGGUGAUGGUGGGCGGAAUCGGAAAGCAAGAUCGACAGGAUAUCAUCACCGGAAUCGGAAUUUGGGUUCUUGAAAACGGGAAGGAAUGGAAAGAGGUUGGUCGAAUGCCGCAUAGAUUCUUUCAAGGGUUUGGUGAACUUGAUGAUGUUUUUGCAAGUAGUGGGACUGAUGAUUUGAUUUAUAUUCAGAGUUAUGGUGCUCCUGCUCUUCUGGUGUUUGAUUUGAAAAAGAAUCAAUGGAAAUGGUCUCAAAAAUGCCCUGUUACAAAAAGGUUUCCACUUCAAUUGUUUUCGGGAUUCUGCUUCGAGCCUAGGCUUGAAAUUUCACCUUAA